GCGCGCGCGCGUGUGUGUGUGUGUGUGUGUGUGUGUGCGCGGGGUUUGUGUUCAGUAUAAAUCAGAGCAGUGAUGAAGGAGGAGACCGAGCCCGAGUCCAAAUUCGGAGAGGCGAGGAAGUUCGACCCAAGUUUUAAAGGUCCGAUACAGAACAGGAGCUGCACUGAUGUCCUGUGUUGUCUACUCUUCGUUCUGGCCCUGCUGGGUUACUUCGCAGUGGGAGUUCUGGCCUGGUCUCAGGGAGAUCCGAGGAAGGUGAUUUACCCCACAGACAGCAAGGGGCAGUUCUGUGGGCGACAGGGCACACCACUAGAGAAAAAGCCUUUCCUCUUUUACUUCAACAUCCUAAAGUGUGCGAGUCCACUAGUGCUGCUGGAGUUCCAGUGCCCUACCACACAGAUCUGUGUAGAGAAGUGUCCGAAUCGUUUCCUGACCCUGGUGAAGGCGAAGCUGAGUACAGAUGACCGGCAGUAUUACUCACAGUUCUGUAAAGAGGGCGUCGACCUCACACAGACCGCUCCGGAGCUCCUGAGGGACAGGGCGUGUCCAGCCAUGAUCUUCCCCAGCAAGCCUUUUACACGCCGAUGCCUCCCGGCCUUGGAGACGAAAAAGGGUGGAGUCGUCGUUAUCGGCAACGAGACGUCUUUCACUGAUGGAAAUAGCACAAAUGUAAACACCACUGACCUGCUAGAGGCUUCAAAGAAGUCGAACGUUGUGAUGGAGGCGCGGCAGGUGUUCAUGAGGAUCUUUGAGGAUUACACACAGUCCUGGUACUGGAUCCUACUUGGUCUGGUGGUGGCGAUGGUGCUCAGCCUGGUGUUCAUCGUGCUCCUGCGGUUCCUGGCAGGGGUGAUGGUGUGGGUGAUGAUCGGCAUGGUGCUGCUCGUUAUUGCGUACGGUAUAUUUCACUGCUUCAUGCAGUACAUGGAGUUCCGAGGACAGCCCGGGGCGGACGUGUCCAUCACAGACCUGGGACUGCAGACGGACUUCUCUGUGUAUCUGCAGCUGCAGCAGACAUGGCUCGCCUUCAUGAUCAUUCUGUGUAUCGUGGAGGUCGUCAUCAUCUUCCUGCUCAUCUUCCUCAGGAAGCGUCUCAAGAUCGCCAUUGCUCUGAUUAAAGAGGCCAGCAGGGCGGUGGGUCAUGUGAUGUCAUCACUGUUUUAUCCCCUGCUGACCUUUGCCCUUUUGGCUCUCGUGAUCGCGUACUGGGCCAUCACCGCUGUGUUUCUGUCGACGUCCAGCACCGCGGUGUAUAAAGUGUUUAACAACAGCGAGUGUGAGUUCAGCAGGAUGACCUGUGACCCCGAGACGUUUAACACCUCGAACAUUUCCGCGGCGUGUCCGGACGCUGAGUGUAUGUUUGCGUUUUACGGCGGUGAGACGUUCUAUCACAGGUACCUGGUUCUGUUCCAGUUCUACAACCUCUUUCUGUUCUUCUGGUGUGUGAACUUCGUGGUGGCGUUGGGUCAUGUGACCCUGGCCGGCGCGUUCGCCUCCUACUACUGGGCCUUUAAGAAACCCAACGAUAUCCCAGCGUACCCCAUCUUCAGCUCGCUCGGCCGCGCCCUCAGGUACCACACGGGUUCUCUGGCGUUCGGUUCUCUCAUUCUGGCGAUCGUUCAGGUGAUCAGAGUCACACUGGAGUACCUUGACCACAAACUCAAAGGAGCUGAGAAUAAAUGUGCGAAGUUUCUGCUCAGCUGCCUGAAGUGCUGCUUCUGGUGUCUGGAGAAGUGUAUCAAAUUCAUCAACAGAAACGCCUACAUCAUGGUGGCGAUGUACGGGAAAAACUUCUGCACUUCUGCCAAAGACGCCUUCUUCCUCCUCAUGAGGAACAUCAUCAGGGUGGCUGUUUUGGACAAAGUGACAGACUUCCUGUUGUUUCUGGGGAAACUACUGAUUGUAGGGAUUGUAGGUAUUGGCUCCUUCUUCUUCUUCACUGGGAGGAUAAAGGCUGUGGAGGAAGCAGCACCUUCAUUAAACUACUACUGGGUUCCUAUAUUGACGCUGGUGUUUGGGACGUACGUGAUUGCGCACGGCUUUUUUAGCGUGUACGCGAUGUGUGUGGACACACUGUUCCUCUGCUUUUGUGAGGACCUGGAGAGGAACGACGGCUCCACUGAGCGGCCGUACCUCAUGUCCCCCAGGCUGCAUGACAUUUUAUCUGUUAGUAAAGUGACAGAGGAUGAAGAAAGGAGAGACGGAGGAGAAGAAGAAGUGGCUCUUCAGGAAAACGGAGAAGUGCAGCUUAAACAGCAGGAGAGGUUCAAGCAGGAACACGAGGAAGAAACACCGCUAAUGCAGGAGACCGUGCUAAAGCAGGAGGUAACGCUAACACAGGAAGUGCCACUGAAACAGGACGUAACGCUAACACAGGACGUAACGCUAACACAGAACGUAACGCUAACAGAGGAAGCGCAGCUGAAAGAGGAAGUACCGCUAACACAGGAAGUGCCACUGAAACAGGACGUAACGCUAACACAGGACAUAACGCUAACACAGGAAGCGCCGCUGAAAGAGGAAGUAACGCUAACACAGGAAGCGGUGCUGAAACAGGAAUCACCAGAGCCACAGGAGACGGCGCAGAAAGAGGAAGCGGCGCGAUCACAUGAUGCUAAGAGAGUAAAGGAGGAAAUAAAAGAAGAACAGGAAGUAGCAUUAGCGAUGACGAGUCCUCAAAACGGCAUAAACGGGAUACACGAGGACAAUGUGCAAGAGGCCGCGGAGUCACGAGAAGAAGAAGACAAAACGCAAGAAGAAGAGGAACAUCAGGAACCCGAAGAUCCGAAACCUCAGGAGAACGGUCCUCAGGAGAACGGUCCUCAGGAGAGCGAGACGCCGCUAACGCCUCAGAAUGAGUGACGCAACACAGAGAACCGCCCACGUGCGCUGAUGUUAAAGAUUUCCAGUAAAUUAGCAUAUUUCUGUGUAGCUGGUUGUAAAUAAACCUCAAAGCGUCUCGUUCUGGAUUCGGCUUCAUCACACUAACGAACCAGCUAGUUAAAUUAACUAACGCUAACUGACACUAGUGAGGGAGUAAAAAAAAAAAGAAGUACAACAAACAAGUAAAUAAAUCCUUAAAAAAACAGCAUUAAUUACGAAAAAACAUCACAAGUAAAGAGGGGUGUCACAUUCUGACCAAUCACAAGUGGGGGCGGGGUUAGACACAGUUCCGCGUAUUUCUUCUUCCUGUUAGCUCUGAGACGUGCAGCAGGUUUCAUGUACGGUCGUUUAAGUCAGAAGGGUUGAGAACGGAUGGUAACCAUGGUAACGGCUGUCCAUCUGUCAGUCAGUAAGCACCGCCUCUGUUUUUCAGGCUGAAUGGAAUUCUGGGAUUGCUGUUUCCAUGGAGACGCUCUCGGCUCGGAAUGAAAUGUGAUAAUAAUAUUUCCUGUUACCUAUCGUGGUGUGUUGUGGACAUGAUAAUCAGUGUGUGUGUGUGUGUGUGUGUGUGAGUGUAUGUGUGAGUGUGUGUUGUGGUGUUGUUUAGGAAUGCAUUAGCGGUUUAGCAUUGCUAUGUUUACAAGAUUCAGAACACAAGCUUGUGAAAUAAAAUGAAAAUAAUGUACCUAUCUGCACUCGGUGGAGCUCGAGCUCGUCCUCCUGACGUCAGAAACACACAAAUAUGUCAAUCUGAUUCAUUGUUUACGCGCUGAAUGGUUUGCUAAAGCUAGCUAAUUCGAAUUAGUAUGCGGUUCAAGCACUUGCUAGCUAGCAAACAUUUUCUCCUGUCGUGCUCAUUAUAAAAUAAAGACAUGAUGUCAGGAGGCACGACCACACCCACUGCCACGAGCACCGGUUUGGCCACGCCCACUACAGUGAAUGUGAUUGUUCUGCCUUCGCUCUUUUUCUACCUCUUUCCCAUUUUUCUAUCUUUGUAUGUCGUUUAUUGUGACUCAGUGAAUAAACUCUCGCCUGCUUUAACUCCUUACUGAGUGCUAAUGCUAAUGCUAACAUCCGCCGCACUGGCUGGAUGCUUUACAGUCUUUAUUGUAGGUGUGUCUAAAACACACACACAUAUACACACACACACAAUUUUCUGUAGCAGUGCGUAAUAUUUUUAUGUUUUUGUUUAUUAUUUAUUAAAGUUUUUUAUAAACUUUUAUGUCAUGAUUUUGUACUUUAAGUGUUUUGAAACAUUUCUCUUUAUUUAUUUCAUAUUUAUUUAUGCAGUUUGUGUUUUAUUACAUUUUAUAUUAUUUUUAUUAUAUUAUUAUUAUUGUCGUUUCUGUUGUUUUUGUUAUUUCUGUUUGUGCUGUGUGUGUGUGU